AAAGACUGGACCCGAGUCCCGACAUGAAAACGUUGUUCAGUACUAUGGAGUUGCUGCCACGUAAGAAAAAGAAAAAGAAAAAAAAAGCCGCCAAAAGAAAACUUUGGCGGGCAUGUCCUUCCCGAUAUAUUCGAUCUCUACGUUCUCUUUACGCGCUUGAGUCUCUCAGUUUCUCCAUUUCACACUGACUCAACUGAAAUGGAAUCUCCAUUGAAUGGUGCUAAUAAUGAUGGUGUUAGAUCAGCUCUGAUCUUUCUCGGCACCGGCUGCUCCAACUCCGUCCCAUCUGCAUUGUGCCUGAUUCAGCCGUCGGAUCCUCCUUGCCAUGUUUGCUCCAUGGCCCUCUCUAUCCCACCUGAGCAAAACCCCAACUAUAGGUGCAAUACAUCUCUGCUUAUAGAUUAUUGCCGGAGUGAUGAGAAACACAGUUAUAUACUGAUUGAUGUUGGGAAGACAUUUAGGGAGCAAGUACUUAGGUGGUUUACUUUCCACAAGAUUCCUCGAGUGGAUUCUAUUAUUUUGACUCAUGAACAUGCUGAUGCAGUUCUUGGACUUGAUGACAUACGUGCUGUCCAACGAUUUAGUCCAAAAAAUGAUAUUGAUGCAACCCCUGUUUUCCUAAGCCAGACUGCGAUGGAUAGCAUUGCUUUGAAAUUUCCCUACUUGAUAAAGAAAAAAUUAAGGGAAGGGCAGGAAAUAAGGCGGGUAGCACAGCUGGAUUGGAAGAUAAUUGCAGAAGAUUGGCAAAGCCCAUUUGUUGCAUCAGGCCUACAAUUUUUCCCCUUGCCAGUUACUGCUUUUAAACUCUCUUCAAAUACACAUGCACAAAAAGACACUAUAAUAAACAUCCUUGUUUCUUACAUAUGCUUUCUAGUGCAGGUAAUGCAUGGAGAAGACUAUAUUUGCUUGGGAUUUCUCUUUGGUGAAAAAAGCCAAGUAGCUUAUAUAUCUGAUGUUUCACGUUUUCCUGCAGGCACGGAAUAUGUAAUUUCAAAAUCAGGGGCUGGGCAGUUGGAUCUUCUUAUCUUGGACUCCUUGCGCAGGAAUGGAUCUCAUAAUGUUCACUUCUGCUUACCUCAGGCCCUUGAAGCUGUGAAGAGGUUAUGUCCAAAGCAAGCUCUUUUAAUUGGAAUGAAUCAUGAGUUUGAUCAUUAUAAGGACAAUGACUUCCUAGCAGAAUGGUCUGAAAGGGAGGGAAUACCAGUGCAGCUUGCACAUGAUGGUUUGAGAGUUCCUAUGGACCUAUGAUAAGGUUGAGAUAUUAACUAUCAAUUAUCACUAGAUACAAAAUUUAUAGUUUCCAUCCCUCUUCCGAUGGGAGGAAUAAAGAUGUAAUCUAUCAAUUAUCACCAAUAUACACAAUUUAUAGUUUCCAUUCCAUUCUGAUGGGAGGAAUAAACAAACUGAAAUGCUAUAUAUGGCUUCUUCAGCAGCCUAUAUUCAAUAAUUUAGACAAUAUUUUAACUGGAGAAAUUGCAGCAAGUAUAUAUGAAUACGAGUGGUAUUUAGAUAAAACUUUCUUUGGCA